ACACAUCUGUCAAAGAUCUUGACAAAAGCGCUCUCCUUUUUCUUUCGCCAACGCGACGUGCACGUUGAUUAAACUUACCCGUGGUUAAGAAAACGCCGAUAAAUCUUACAAAAAUGGCUUUCGGAGAUGUAAAAACACCAAAGGGACUACAGGAACUCGAUGCAUUUUUAGCUGAACACAGUUAUAUCGAAGGAUACACUCCAUCGAAAGCUGACUUGUCCGUUUUCGAGGCCCUUGGUAAGGCACCAGCUGGAUCUGCCGCUCACGUGCAAAGAUGGUACAAACAUAUUGCAUCGUUCUCCGCUCAAGAACGUUCGUCAUGGGGUGGCCAAGCUUUACCACAAGUCGCCGGAGCAAAACCAACGACAGCAGCUGCCGAUGAUGAUGAUGAUGUUGACCUGUUCGGAUCUGAAGAUGAAGAGGAAAGCGCCGAGGCCGAGCGCAUCAAGGCCGAACGUGUCGCUGCAUAUACCGCCAAGAAAUCCAAGAAACCUGCACUGAUUGCUAAGAGUUCCGUUCUGCUCGACGUUAAGCCUUGGGACGAUGAAACAGACAUGGGCGCAAUGGAGAAAAAUGUUCGUUCCAUCGAAAUGGAUGGUCUUUUAUGGGGAGCAUCGAAAUUGGUUCCAGUCGGUUACGGUAUCAAGAAAUUGCAAAUUAUGUGCGUCAUCGAAGACGAUAAGGUGUCGAUCGAUUUGUUGUCCGAACAGAUCGAAGCAUUCGAAGAUGUUGUUCAAUCCGUCGAUGUAGCUGCCUUCAAUAAGAUCUAAAGCCGUUUCUGUUUUGCAUAUCUUUUCGAAUAAAAUUUGGUUUUGGAUUCAUUGCAUAAAA